GGCGGCAUUCUUCGGUUCGAGGCCUUGCGCUCUGCCGCGUCGCGGGGCCCGCCACCCAUGCGGGCAGCGGUGGGGCAGCGCUCGACUGGCGCGGGCCGGGAUGUUCGACUUCGACGAACUGGAGAAGGCCGUCCCUCCGGAGGCGUACAUCGUUUACGGCGCUGGCACCCCAGACGCGAACGGCGUGUACGCCAGCACCGGCGUGGAGGCGCACGGGACCGCUAUCUUCAGGCACGUCGCGGUGAAGAGCGGGCUGCUCGCGAGGGAGCGUUGCGGCGACCGCCUCGGGUGGCUCGUGGGCGCCGGCCGGCGCCCGCUGUACGGAGUGCGCACGGAGGCCGAGCGCUGCCCGCAGCGGGGCUGGCGCACCUUCCGGGGCGACGCGCCCGCGCCCGCCGUCGAGGGCUUCCCCUCGCUCGAGGAGGCCUGCCUGCGGCUGGCGCAGGUGUGGCAGGAGGAGGGGGAGCUGCUCGAGAGCCAGGGCAGCAUGCGGCGCUCCGCCGAGGUGUACAGGAGCGCGCUGGGCCUGCCCGCGCUGCCGCGCCCCAGGGCCGCCGAGUUGCAUGCCCUGCGCGCCAGGGCCUUCCGGCAGCUGGCCGAGGGCAAGACGGCUGCGCCCGGGGCCGACCUUGAGCGGGACCCGCUCCAGGGCCUGGCGGCGGAGCGGGCCAUCGAAGAGGCAGAGAAGGCGCUGAAGCUGGACGCCAAAUGCUUUCUCGCCGGCUGGGAGGGCGCUGCCGCCGCGAGGCAGGCCUCCGAGGCCACGCCCCCGGGCCCGGCGCACCGGGCGCAGCGCGAGGCCGCGGGCGCGCUCUUCCUGCGGCUGGCCGAGGAGGAGCAGCGGGAGAAGGCGGCGAGGCUCCUGGAGGUCCAGCAGGCGAAGCUGCAGCGCAGGCCGGCGGCCGACCCCGCGGAGCGGCGGUGGGCCGCGGCGGUCGCGGCGCAGCUCAACGAGGCCCUCAAGGUCGAGGACUUCCGGAGGCCGCACCACCAGCUCUGGAAGCUGGUGAGCCCGAGGAAGAAAAGCUUGGACUCGGACGCAGUCUUCGGCGAGAUUCGGCUGCUGGUGUGGCAGAAGUGGAGCCCCGUGGCAGCUCAGCACGGCUACCGGACCGCCGAGGACGUGGCCGCCAGGAGGGGCAUGUGCGAGCGGAUCGCAGAGGUGGCCAACACGGGAGGAGCCCCGGAGGUGGCUGCUCUGGUGAGCGAGAUGGAGAACCGCGUGUGCCUGGAGUGGUCCGAGGUGGCGGAGGCCACGAGCCAGGUGCGCCACGACGACACUUGGGCGUGGGCGAGGCGCCAGGACGGCAGCUGGGGCACGCCGUGGGGCGGAGGGAUGUCUCGGCGACAGCCGGCGUAG